AAUCACUGAUGAAGUUGUGUUUUGAACUGUUAGUGACCUGCAAGAUGCCCUGGUCAUCUUACAGCUAUAUGAACGAAUUAAAGUUCCUGUGGACUGGAGUAAAGUUAACAAGCCUCCAUAUCCGAAGCUGGGAGCCAACAUGAAAAAGUUAGAAAACUGCAACUAUGCAGUUGAAUUAGGGAAGCAUCCGGCUAAAUUCUCCCUGGUUGGCAUUGGAGGACAAGACCUGAAUGAUGGGAACCCAACCUUGACCUUGGCUUUAGUCUGGCAGCUGAUGAGAAGAUAUACCCUUAAUGUUCUGGAAGAUCUUGGAGAAGGUCAGAAAGCAAAUGAUGACAUCAUUGUAAACUGGGUGAACAGAACAUUGAGUGAAGCUGGAAAGUCAACUUCCAUUCAGAGUUUUAAGGACAAGAUGAUCAGCUCUAGUUUGGCAGUUGUGGAUUUAAUUGACGCCAUCCAGCCAGGCUGCAUUAACUAUGACCUUGUUAAGAGCGGGAACCUUACAGAAGAUGACAAGCACAAUAAUGCCAAGUAUGCAGUGUCAAUGGCUAGAAGAAUUGGAGCCAGAGUAUAUGCUCUUCCCGAAGACCUUGUGGAAGUAAAACCCAAGAUGGUCAUGACCGUGUUUGCCUGUUUGAUGGGCAGGGGGAUGAAGAGAGUGUAAAAUGACGAAUCUGAACAGAACCAACCUUACCCAGAGGUGCAUGAUUAGCAAGUCAGCUAUUCCCAGGUGAAGUGCUCAUGGCUUAAGGAAUCCUUGGUCAUUUAAAGGACUUUUAAUUUUGAUUAACAGGACUAGCUCAUCAUGACAGCCUUCAGGGAAAGACCUUUAGUAAUAAGCAACUCCUCUUUCCCUUCGAGUGGGAUCUGUUCAGCACAUCUGAACAUGCUCACAGCCGACCACCUGAUCUCUCCACCUAGAAUGUUGCCCUUGAC